AUGGGCAUAACCAAGCGUGUAAGAGGUUGGAUUCGAAGGUCUAGUUUUGGGUUGAGACCUGCCAUUGGUGGGAACACAAUACCCAACACCGGCAUCGCUGUGAACGGCAUCAUGUGGCCCGGCAAUCGGAAAGUCGAGCCGGUCAACCCGAUGCCUUGGUUCAACGGCGAUCUCGCAUCAAGCAAUCCAUGCGAGGGCGAUUGCGGACAGGACUCUGGCACAGCAUAUCAGCGCCAGAACGGCUCUAUGAAUCUGUGCUAUGUUUAUAAAUAUGUGUCCUACAACAAUGCCCAAGAACAGUAUACGAACCAGCAAUUCUUCCUCUCCGUGUUCUCCCUCGGCUUCUCCCAGCAGCACGCGCAUCAGAUUUGGGGAAAGAAGACGAAGGGAACGGGUGCCAAGGUGUUUAGGGUGGAGAUAAGGGCUGGCAAAUUGCAGUAUGAUUGUCCGCUUGCAAAGGAGGCGGCGUGUGAGUUGUAUGAGGCGCCUGUUGAGCUGAUGUUGGUUAACGGGACGGUUGGAAAUGGCGAUGAUGUGAGAAAUUAG